AUGCAGCCCUGGUUAGAAGACCUCUCAGAGGACUGGAUCGCCGAACCGCAACCUUCUUCUCCACCUGCUAAUGCGGCAGCUGAUCUCAGGUCUUCCGCGACACACAAUGCCGACGAGCUGUCAUCUCAGCCGCGAAGCCGGCUCCCACGAUUCAGGAAUUCUUCCGGCUCCUACUCUGCAGUGAAGACGCGCCCAAUUCAGCCCAAGAAGCAGAGAGGCCCCCUAUCAGAACGCACUAGCAACGAGCAGAAUAUCCUGCCAACUUCGUCUCCCAUCCCGCACAAAGACAACGACAUGACGCGGCCCCGGCCUGCCUCCCGUUCUGUUUCCGAAUCGUCUGCAGGGUCCGUGGUAUAUAACGGCACGGUUGCGCAAAAGCCCAUCGAAGCGUCGUCUGGGAAAGCUAGAAUACAUGACACGCCGGAGUGGAGGAAGAGGCUGAUCAAAGGCGACAUGGGCUAUGGGGAUCAGAAGGACUUGUUCAGCCCAAUGGGCCUGGAGAAUAUCUUUCAGCAGCCAGCAGGACCGCCUCAGCAAGUCGCCAAGAAGGCGAAGAGUGGAUUACGAUUCCUCAAUCCUGCGGACGCGUUACCGUCUAGCCCACCACCCUGGCCAUCCAUACUAGACCGCAAUCCUGUUCAUACCCAGCCCACGCGGAACUCAUCGCAUGCAUCCAACGCCACAGAGAAUGGGCAAACGGAAACCAACGUCGAUCAAGCCUUUCUGGAGGCAUCUCGUACCGCGAGUGGGCAGCUAGAAUUGGAAAACGAGAGCUUCAGUCCUGUCUUCAUCUCGAAACACAACACAGUAGACGGACGGGUUGACUACGCGGCAGUGGACCUUCACAAAUCUGAUAUUGUCGAGCGGCUACGGAAGCUUGCAGUGCAUCAAGAGGAAAAUAGCGAGCUGUCAAUGAACAACACGGGCUUAACAGAGAAUGCGGAGGGCUCCUCAUAUGCUAGACUACAAGAAGACACGCUGCCAGAAGACCUGCCCGCCGGAACUCCUGAUGUAGCCGAUCUGGGAGAAUUCGUAAGCACAAGACGAGGCGGAUACUCUGCAGAUGGGUCGUUUCAGAGACGUCCACUUACUCCGACUCCCGGGUCGCAACUGCUUUCAGACACCGACAUGGAAGGCUCUGUUAGAGUGCGACCCAGCCAGAACCCCGAAAUCACCCUCAAUGAUGACGAAGGAAACGAGACAGACAUAAGGCCUCGCGCUCCAAACCCGCCCCACGUUGUCCCCAUAACACCUCGUCGACAAAACGCCAAAAUGCCUAGCCCAGAUAGGACCCGUUCGUCAGGAAGCCCGCUUAAGCUGUUCGAUACACACGACACUUUUACGAGCAAUAGACUUCAGAGGAGACUCAGCCAGCUAGAAGAGAAUCCCAUCCAGCACCAUACGGGCGUCACGCAAACGCUUGAGACCGGCUCUCCCAGAAGGAUACAGAAAGAGUCUCGUCUUACUUCAGUCGAGGAAGUGAGUAUCCAGAAAAUCACCACUGUUCAAUCGAGGAGGGAAACCUUCGGACAAGGUCAACUAGAUACGUAUCAGUUUCCGGACGAGAUCUCAUACCUCUCUUCUGGCGACGGUUCUUUCGAUCACGGUACAGACCCGGAAGACUCUCCUGAUGCAAGCAUAGCUCCUCCGGGCUCGCAACCUCAAUUCCAAUUUCGGACAGACUCAUUACCUCAACUACCUAGCAACUCCAGUUUUAGAAGGAAGCCGUCAAGAAAUUCGUCGACAGAUCAUGUGCCUGGACUGAAGAGGUAUAUUUCAGAUACUCAGAAGCGUCAUAUGCAUGAAUCAGCCGGGUACGCCGGCAACUCCGUCAAGAGGGAAGAGCAGAUUGCAUUUGAGCAUGCUGAGGGAAAGCGUCCUCCGACUUCCCCUCGCAAGGACCCUACGCCCAAACGACGACGAACGCUGCACGCGAUAGACGGAGAAGAGAGCGUGGCAACUGAGAUGGAAUCGAUCAAAGAGAAGCACGUUGCUAUGCAAUCUGUCAUUGGAAGGAAGCGAAAAGAUGCCCGUCAAGGCGGCACUCAAAACGUUGCAGACCCUGAGAUUCUUGCUCGCCGCCAUAUUCUCAGGCCGCGUAACCCAACUCCGAGCCAAAGACGACGAGAGGAGAUUGAAGCAGAAAUCUACGAAGCGACCGAAGCGUUCUUAAUGAGCUCUCCAAAACUCCAAGCCAUCCAAGAGCAUCUGAAUUCACCAGGUGUCAGUAAUCUUUCUCCAGAGGCAGCUCAAGCUACUGCUGUCGCUGGGGAGGUUGCGGCAUUUAGCAUGAAAGUCGCCCAGGGUAUGAAGGAUGGUGCGCGCAAACGCUCUGUGACUACGCAAGACUUUCUUGACGAGGCGAUGAAGAUCAUGGAAUUCAUUCGUACUAAAGGAAGGCCGAUGAGCGGCCUCGGGAGUCUUGAAGAGACGGAGACGGAAUCGCCGAGCAACGUUGAAGACGAGACUCCAUCAACACCCCUCACAUUUUCUAGACCACCGAGUAGGGAAGGUGUAGUAGGAGGGUGGAGGAUACCACAACGCCAAAGAGAAAUGGAUGCUCGCGUUGCCAGCCAUCUGCAGAGAUUUCAGGAAAAGGACUCGGACGAAUUUAUGGCGUCCUCAAUCCAAUCCUUAAAGCUUGGUCGAUCAAGAGAAUUCGAGCACGGCCCAAAUGAGAACGUUGCUGUUCAACAGAACAACAUACGGAUUACAAAGAACGUCAAUCACGGCCAGUCUGGAUAUCAUUCCCAUGAGUCGUAUGGGUCAAUGGAAUCGGGGCCUAGAACUCAUGGAUCCCACCCAUCCAACGGAUCGUCUUUUGGCAGGACGGUCGUCACCAACACCUCUCGUCGUUCCGAUCAUGUAGCCACGCUGGCUCCUGAAGCAGUCGCACAUUUGAUUCCCGAGCAAGUCGCUGGUAUGAGCUUUGAUCGUGAAAAAGGGAUAUGGGUGAAGAGUAAGAGCCCCGUGAAGGAGAAGAAAUAUUUUGCGGAUAUCAGUUCUACCAACGAGAGUGAGGACGACCCUUUCGGAAAUAUACCUGAUCUUACGGUGGAUGAGGUGCAGGAAGCUCCUACGAAGGAGCCAAGCAGCAAACAAAUGCCAGACGGAGAUACACUCGACGAGCGACCAAAACCAAGCCCACAAGACGACGUUAGGCCGGAAACCCGGGAGGGCAAAGCAAUUCCGCCUGUAGACAGUAGCUCUGUCCCAUCCAAGUUUUUCAAUCUCGCAUGGAGUGGACCCCAAGUCGAAACUCGAGCAACAUCCUGGAGCGAGCAGGAUGCUGAUCUCAGAGCAACUGAGAAGAUCUAUGUACAGCCAAGGCUACAACAAACGAGACAAAUCCAGGGAGAAGACGUCGAGCAUGAGAUACAAAUCAAUGAAGGACGCACUACCGCGCAUACUAGUACAAAUAAUCCCCGCCUUCGAGAUGUUACAAUCACCUUCUCGUCCCCUUAUGCACCACGCCUUCACUCGGACGCUUUCAAGCCGGGGGAGGCUGAGCAUACGAUUGAGUUCAAAUCAAGGACUCUGAACGAGCCUCGCAGUUCGACCAAGCCGAAGAGUACUUUCCACUCAGGCACCGCACCGUUCUUCGCAGGUGCUGUUCCACCAAUCGAUGAAAAUGGAGAACUUUCUAUAGUCGACGAUUCGAUUCGCCGUAUGAAGAUGUCUGUCAGUGUAUCCGCUCCACGGUUAGUUCGACAUGGCCAGCAUGCUCUUAUUCCGGCACCGCCAACUCCAGGUGGCAUAGCAGAUGUCACUUUCAUGCUUAGCGACUUGCCGGACUUCACAGUCAACCAGGUUGAUGAGCGUGAACUCCCAGAUCGAGUGAUUGUUAGGCGAGAUGGCUCUAUCAGACAGCUGGAAGACCGCUAUGCGCUGGGAACUGCCGAAUUGGUCAAAGCUUUGCAGGAUGUUGAGCCUGAUGAGCCUUACUGGGAGGAUCUCCACGAAGUGGACUUGCAUGACAAAGGACUGACCAAUCUGCAUAGAUUGGACGAGUUCUGCUGUCGAGUUGAGGAUCUCGAUGUUUCGAAGAAUGGUAUCAGUCAGCUCAAUGGAGCGCCUUCAACCAUUCGACGCCUAAAGAUACAAGAUAACGCUUUGACAAGUCUCACGUCAUGGAGCUACCUGAUGAACUUGCAAUAUCUGGACAUUUCUCAAAAUGACCUAGACAGCUUGAAAGGUGUUAGCAAACUCAUACAUCUGAGAACUUUGAAGGCCGAUGAUAACCAGAUCGAGUCUCUCGAUGGCGUGCUAGAGAUGGACGGAUUGAUCGAAUUGAGUGUGCGACGGAAUAGAGUCGAGACCGUGGACUUCGACUUCUCCAAUUUAAAAUCCCUGGUGGAUCUGGAUUUGUCUGGAAACGGUCUGCUAGAGAUACAGAAUGUGCACUGCUUGCUACAGCUUAGGCAUUUGAAUCUCGAUGAUAACUCCCUUCGCGCGUUCCCGACUUCGGACCUCAGCUCAACACCCUGCCGGUCCCUCCGAUCAUUACGAUUAUGCAGCAACACACUUGAAGUGCUUGAGGUCAGCGUAGCGUUCCCAGGCCUCGAAUCUCUGUACGUAGACAAGAACGGUCUUACUGAGAUUAAGGGCUUGGAGAGUCUAAAGUACUUGCGGACGUUGUCGGCUAGAGAACAAUACGUCGAUGGAUUGUCUGCGUCAAUAUCGAACACGCAACCGCUAGUACGCCAUUCCGAUAUUCGCAACCUCUACAUGUCAGCAAACGCCAUGCCGACCUUCGCGAUGAAUCAGGACUUCCUCAAUCUUCAGCGGCUGGAACUGGCGUCUUCUGGCCUGCAGUCGCUGCCAUCGAAUUUCGGACAGAUGGCGCCCAACGUUCGCUCCUUGAAUCUCAACUUCAAUGCGUUGAAUGAUUUACGUCCACUUCUGAAUAUCAAAAGGCUUCAGGAGCUCUUAGUUGCUGGAAAUCGGCUUUCCCAAUUACGAAAGACGUUGGCGGUCUUGUCUAAGUUGACUACCUUGACAAAGAUCGAUCUUCGCGACAACCCUCUCACGAUCGGAUUCUACCCUCCAGCUGUAGAGAAUCGCUUAGUUGCUCUCAAAGAUGGAAUCUCCCAAGGCGAAGAAUUGGAGCCGUUCACUCUUCCCGCGAGCAACCGCGUUAGUGGCGACAGAUUUCUGAAAAGGCUAGACGAGGGAACACGACUGAGGCGGCGCGUACAUGAGAUGAUGAUGGCGACUAAUUGUGCGAGUUUGCAGGACCUUGAUGGUCUACCUUUCGAUUCUCGAGAUGUAUUAAAGAAAGACGAGGUUUGGGAGCGACUGCGGGAUUUGGGGAUUAUAAAAAAGGCGAAGCGGUGUCCUGAUGAUUUCGAAACGACGCAGGAAACGCGGUGAUUAUUUGGCUCGGGUCUUGUGCCACUUUGUCUCGGGUAGAGGAUGCGUACUGUUGGUGUUCUCGGGGAGUAAUGGUUUGUUUUUGGGCUCCCAGAGUGGGGUAUAAUGUAUCAUGAGGCACGUCGUCGUUACUAGGAGUUGCGGAUAUAUUUCAUAAGCCCUCCUGGCGGUUGUAUUAUCAUGAAUAGACAUUUGGUAGAGCUUCCAUGCUAGUUUCUGUGGGUGC